GUAACAAAAUGUGGAAAAAGUCCAGAGGCUGGAAUACUUUCUGAAUAUAAUGUAUAUGUAUGUGUGUAUAUAUGCAUGUCCUUACUGUUUGGGUCUAACUACUGUACCUCAACUACUUCUUUUGAAGUUGACAGACCAUUUUCUAUUCUGCUGGUCAUUAUUUGGAGGUAUUCAAUCGGAAGCUAAAGAAGAAGGAUGACCUGAAACUGCUUCUACACCUAUGCCAAUCUGCAGAGGACAUGGUCACAGCCAGAGGUGCCAUCUACAGAGUGAUGUUGAAAAAGCACAAUCUAUGUUCGGUCAGAUUAUGAGCACUGACAGCGGAAUAUGUCAAAAUCUCAAAGUGCUGAUGCUGGCUAUGGCAGGAGCUGUGAAAGAAUCACUCUCUGUCUUGACCUUAGCAUUGGGAUCCAGCAGCCCUGCAUUUAUAAAGAAGCCUGAAUUCGCACAGGAAGUGGUGGACUUAGUGCGUCUUCGGAGCGAGGACAGCCCUCUGAUGGCGAGCGUGGAGCAGGCAGUGUCCCACCUCCAGCAGGCAGGUCAGGUGACCCAACGAAACCUGUUGUGUCAUACCCCCAUGGAGGAGAAGAGGAUGCCCAUGGGGAUAAUGGACGAGAGAAGGAUCAGCCAGAGGACUCUGAUGCCUCCGCGGUCCACUCUGUUGUCAGAGUGAAUGGGACUAGGUGUAUCUCUCAGCGUGUUUGAGGGGAUCAAGGUGAGGCGCAGAAUUGUGAAUUUUGAUCAGGUACUGAGUAGGUUUUUGGGAGGGGAUUUGCAGAUCAGUGAUUCUGCGCAGUCCGAGUGCAAUGUAGGCGAUUUUAAACAAACAUUGUUUAUUCUAAACUCUGCCUUAAUUCUACCCGUCCCUGUCACAGCCAUGGGGGUCUCACACCACCCAAGCAAGGCUGAACAGAGAUGCGCUCUCUCCCUACACCCAGACCUGGACUUUAUAGAGACCGAUAGUGUACCAGUCAGUGCAAUGUACCUCUCCUCUCAGCCAGAGACCCUUCUGUAUUCCUCCUUUUUGAUCAUAUUCUUCACCCGUUCACAUGCAAUGGUACAGGAUUGUCUGUUGGUUCUACGUCUGGGGAGCCUCUUCAGAGCAUUUCAGACUUUUAACUGCUGACUGUGAAAAGGUUUGUUGAAUCCAAGGGACACCAAUGUGUGCAAAAGAAAAAUGUAAUGGUAUGUAUGUGAGACAGAUAUGUAUAAACAUGUAAUUAUUUGUGAUUUAUAGGGUAAUACAUAUUGAAUGAAAUAAAAGCUGAUGUAGAACUCUU